AUGGAUAGCUUUUAUCAGAAGUACUAUGAUUGCCAUGUUGGAGCACAAGACCAGGGAAAGCAGGCAGAAAGGAGACAGGUAUUCAAAGCUCAUCAAGUUGUGUUGAUGGACAAUUUGAAUCCAAUUCUUCAUAGAGCCCAACUUGGCAAAGCCUAUCAGACAGCAGCAGUUCUUUUUGAAGUGCUGUGUUGGAUUAACAACACGGAGAAAUAUGAAAAAGUUGCUUUCAUGUGGACUAAGGACAUUUCUGCAUCACUCGACAUUCACUCCCUCCUCUCCACUGAGGCUUUACUGCCCAUCAAGCCACUUGACGAUGUCAGUGCUGCUUUUGCUGUGCUGAGGAACACUCAUGGCUUGAACUGGCUUAAAUACAAUCAAAAUACUGGGGAGUUAGACCUUCUUGGUUGGCUAGGGACCGUCUUUGGAUUCCAGAGAGAAUGUCAGGAACCAGAGGAACCAUCUUACUUCAUUACUUUCAAGUGUCAUGUAAGGCUUGAUCCCAAUCCUGAUUCUCUUGACAAGACAACUCAGAUGGCACGUGAGCUCCAAGACCUGUUGUCUUGCACUGCCAGCAUUGCCUCUGUUGAAAUUGUGAAGCCUUAUUAUCGUGGAGGUGAUGAGGCAUUUCUGAGGAAGGUUAUAACACCACUUUACCAUGCAGUUGAAAUGGUGUGGUCCUCUGAUUGUAUCUAUCUCGGUUGGCCUAUUCAUGAUGCCAGAAUUCUUUUCAAAUCAACACAUAAUGUGCCAGAGGAACCUCCUUUUUCUAAGCAGGGUGACCCGGCAAUGCAGAGCCACUGUCCUACGAAGAGAUCAGUACAGUUGAGAUUGGGGUUUAUAGCAUCAAAUAAUGCAGUUGUCAAAUUGAAUGACUGUGCAAUGUCAAAGCAAGUGUCUCCACUUUCUACUCCAAUCACUUCAUCACACUCUGCGGUCCUUUUGGCGAAGAAACCAGCUGCUGCUCUUUAG